AUGGCGCUUGUAAAUAAAGACUUGUUAGCGAAGACACCCAAGGAAGUCCUCUCAUUCAAGAUUGUCUGGUACUGCUUCAUCUUGUCUUUUUCCGGCGGCCUUCAUGGUUUCAACACCUCUAACGUGUCUGGCGUCCUUGCCAUGGUGCCCUUCAAGACAUACUUUGGCUUCAAUACAAAGAGCAAGGCUGAAGUGACUAACCUCAACGGAUGGAUCACCUCGUCGCUUCUCCUGGGUUCGUGUGUGGGUGCACUCAUGUGCGCGCCGGUCACUGACCGGCUGGGGCGCAAGAUGUCUCUCGCCAUCUUCUCGUUGAUCUUCAGUCUCUCGGCUAUCUUGAUGUCGGCCAACCCACGCGGUUCCAGCGGCGUUGCCAUAUUCAUUGCUGGCCGUGUUAUCUCAGGUCUAGGCUCCGGAGCCGCCAGUGUCAUUGGCACGGGAUAUAUUGCUGAAAUUGCCCCCAAGAGCAUCCGUGGUGGCCUUGCCGCCAUGUACAAUGCUAACACCAUGCUGGGAGUUGCGCUUGGUUACUGGAUCAAUUUUGGUUCCAUCGAGCACAUCCCUCGUACGAAGAACGCGCAGUGGCAGGUGCCCAUGGGUGUACAAGCCUUGCCAGGUAUUCUUCUCGUCGCUGGGCUCCUCCUCAUUCCUGAAAGCCCCAGAUGGCUGGUGGCACGUAAUCGCAUUGAAGAAGCGCAGCUCUCGCUCACACGUCUGCGCAGCCUACCCAUCGACCAUGAAUUUGUGCGCGAUGAAUUCAAUGAGAUUCAAGAUACGGCCACUGCAGAAGCCGAGCUCAAUGCUGGCCGUUCUUGGGCCAUUACCCGAGAGAUUUGGACACCGACCAUCCGGAAGCGUCUCAUUCUCGUCAUGGCCAUCCAGGUUUUUUUCCAAUUCUCGGGUGGAAACAUUAUCACAUACUACAAUACGUCUAUCUUGACCUCCAUCGGCCUAAAGUCUCAGCAGGCCAACUAUCUCUUCUCCGGCAUCUAUGGGCUCGUCAAAUUCCUCACAGUCUGCUUAUACUCAGGCUUCCUCAUCGACCGCUUUGGGCGUCGACCUAUGCUCUUCACUGGCUCUGCCAUGCUCAUCGGCUGCCUCACCUAUCUCGCCGCAUACCUUGCACUCGCUAACCCUGCUGCGCACGCCUCGAACAGUCCUGCUGCUUCUGGCUGGGUUGCUGUGGUCGCCAUCUACAUCUUCGCCAUUGGCUACGCAUUCUCCUGGGCUACCAUCCCCUGGAUCAUCAACGCCGAAGUCUUCCCCACUAAGAUUCGCGCCACCUGCAUGUCCAUCUGCAUCACCUGGCAGUAUCUCAUCAACUUUGCCCUGACGCGCGCCCAGCCCAAUAUGGUGGUGACGAUUCACCCGUGGGGCCCUUUCGCGCUCUUUGCAUGCGUCACCGCCGUCGCAACUGUCUACUGCUAUUUCUGCUUGCCGGAAACGAAGGGGCUUAGCAUGGAACACAUGGAUCAGCUGUUUGAUGUGCCGUGGUACCGCGUGGGAAUUGCAAGCUUGCAGAUUAUCAAGGAUAAUCAGAAUGGUGUUGCGCCCAGCCAAAGGGGACCGUUGAAAUUUGCGGAUGAGGAGAGUCUAGAGAAGAAUUCCAAGUGCGUCUACGAUGAGGUUAAAAAGUAG